UACCCAAGUACUACAAAGUUGUCCAGCUGGCUCCGACGCUCCGGAAUUUCCACGUUGUCAGCGUGAUGAGCCCGCCGCUUGUAGGUUCCAAGAGUUCGCGUGCGGCCUCAGCUGAGACGGUCGACUCGGCGAUCCCCUCAGUGACAAGGCAAGAGGCCGUGCGGGCGCCCAGCCGGAAGUCCACCCAGUCGAUGAACUCCAAGGCCUCCAAGGAGCCCUCGGGCCUCGGGCGACUCUUUGGGCUUUAUAAGUUCCAGCAGAGGGUCUCGCUCGCGAGGUCGGUCUUUGCCUCCUUCACCCGCGACUCGCGCUCGAACCAGUGGUCGCCCGGCGAGUUGGAGCGGUCCUUGUAUGAGGGACAACAUCAUGAUGAUGAGAUCAGCGAUAUCUUGAACAUAAAGGAGCUCUUCCAUGGCGAUGAUGAUGAUGUGGACGAAGACCUCCUGUGGCGUUUCCACUUGUCCCGGGCAGCAAGGAUGGUGGAGCUCGUUCGCCUUCUUUCAGUCGUGGGCACUUGCAUUGUAGCGCCUUUGAGCUUUAUUUUGUCCGGGGAUUUGAACAACCCAGAGCUGGUUCCUGGGGGCUCAGGUUUGCUGGCCUUCGAUUGCAUCAUGGAUGUUGUCUACGGCAUUUGUUUGGCCCUGCGUUUCCGCAUUUCCUUCCUCCACCCGAUCACAAAGAAGGAAGUCCUCGAUCCACAGAAGAUCCGCAGCUACUUCACGGGCAGCGUGAUUUGGUGGAUACAAGUGGCCAGCGCUUUCUCCUACCUGUGGCUAGGACUCGGGGCCACGUUGUUGCUCAACAACCUCAAGAUCAUACGUGUAGGUCCGUUGCUGCGGGCGCCGGAUGCUCUUUGGAGGUUGGAGGACAACAUCGUGGUGCGCUUGGGUCGGCCGGUGGUCUUGUUGGUCUUGGGAGCACACUGGACUGCUUGUCUCCUCUUCACUGUGGGCGGCUUCCGACAAGAGCUGAUCAAUCACGAGGAGGAGUUUGCAACGACCUUUAACAUGGGAUAUGGCAUCUCAGGCCAAGUGUCUGGUGGUGUUUCCCUAUACUUCAUGGCCUUCGUCGAAGCUUUGUACAUGCUAACUGGAUCCUUGGACAAUCCCCUCGGCGAUGGAGGGCCACGACACAAGGACUUUGGAUCACUGCUGAUGGUGUCAAUCUUUGGACCACUGGGAUGCGUGGUUGUGGCGCUUUUUAUCUCUGCUAUUAUGCGCGAGCAGCAACGGGCUUUUGCCUUGGAUAGCAAGCAUGAAGAGAACAAGGCCUUUAUGGAGCGUGCUUUGCAGAUCUUGGAGAUCCCUCCCGAGUUGCAGCGGAGGGUGCUCAGUAUGCACCUCUUCCAGAAAUUUGAGCACGAUGUCGAGGCCUUCAACAGCUUGUUCGAGAAGAAGAACUUGAGCAAAGCCUUGGAGAACACUUUGCUGGUCUAUCUCUACCGGCAAACCCUGGUCACAUCUCCACACUUCAGGAACAAGGACCCCAACUACAUCAUUGCCGUGGUGAAUGUGCUAGAGGACCAAGUCUUUCUGCCUGGGGACUACGUGGUGCGGAAAGGUGAGGUGGCCACCUCGAUGUACUUCGUGAGUCGAGGAUGGCUGACCAUCCUGGUGGCCGACCACGAGGACGAACACAACGUGGACAAAGCCAAGCCGAUCCCACAACGCCUUGGUGUCGGAGAUCAGUUUGGUGAGAUUGCGCUGGUCAGAGACACGGUCCGAACUGCUUGGGUUCGUGCGGACACCUAUGUCAUCGUUUCGGCCCUUCCUUCCAGUGCCAUCAGGCAUGUCUGGCACUUCUACCCCAAGGAACGAGAGGAGUUGCUGCAGACCGUCGAGCGCCAUGCGGAACGGGAUCGCAAGCGCCGGGUGCGGCAGCGCUGGGAGAAGGGCCUGGGCGGCGCCACGGUGACGCCGUGGAAGGUCCGAGGAGGGCCUUCUGAGGUCCCCAAGGUCCCUAAGACCUCCGAGGGGGAGUCGGGCCGCUGCGAGCAAAGCGAUAGCGGGGAAUCCCCGCGCAGCGCCCCGAUCAACAACGAGCCCAGCGACCGAGAGGAGAGGAACGACCUGAGCCAGCUGGUGGUCCGAAGACUGCAGGCCAUUGAGAGCCGGAUGGACGAGCUGCUUCGGCGCCAGCGCACCCUCGAGCGGCGCCUGGAGUCGAAACCCUCGGGAGGCCCAAUGGAAGAGAAGCAGAAGCACCCAGCCCAUCCGGCUGAGGAGAAGUGGAGCCAGAAGCUGCCACAGGCGCCCACGGAGCGACCACGAAGCGGCCGCCUGAAGAAGGCGAAGCCUGCGAAGCCGUGCGUGGACCUCACGGGCUUCACCGGGGAGGUGGGCUACCGGGAAGAAGGCCAUUGUGAUCCCUCACUUGAGAAGCUCGCGAAUGAGGUUUCUCCAACGCGCCGGUCCAAACGGUGGGCAGUUGCCGGUGCGGUGCAGGCCCAGGAGAUGGACGAGAAGGGCACCGACGAGGACAUGUCAAGACCAGCUGUAGAGGCCGAUGCUGAGUCUGUGAUUCUGCAGUUGAAUUUUCCGGAGGAUCACCCGGGCCACCCGGGCGCUGAACCGCACGGGGCUUUCUCCGGAUCAGAGCGAUGAGGAACUUGGUAGGGGGCCCAAAGCAGAAUGAAUUCCAGGGACAGAC